AUGGGGUCAGCCCGGCCCGCACCGCAAAAUGGCAGCCGCGCCCGGGGGCCGCGCUCCGCUCCGCCGGCCCCGCUCCGCCACCGCCGCGCUACAGGCCCCAAGGCCGCGGCCCGGCCACCCCGGCUCGGCUCGUCACCGGGGCCGCUCGCCCUGCCGAGCGCUGACACGGGGCCGCCGCUCACCUGCGGGUGCCGCGGGCGGCUCGGCGGCUGCCCCCGGAGCGGGGCGAUGGGGAGACGCGCCGACCCGGCCCGGCCAGGCCCCGCCGCCGCCGCUCCGCCGCCUCCCUCCUCCUCCCUCCCCCGCAUGCGCGCGCCCGACGCCGACGCCGCCAUCCCGCGCGGGCGCGCGCGCGCGCCCCCACCCUGCGCGCCCCCGGUGUUGGGGUUCGGCUGCCGCGGCCAAUCAGCGCGCGCGCGCCCGCGCGGGCCCAGCUCCUCACCCCCCCCGACCCCCCCGCCCCGCGCGCGCGGCCCCCCCUCGACGGGCGCCCCCCCACCCACCACGGGGGGGAAGGUGGGGAGGGGGCGCUCAGUGCUGCCCCCCCCCGGCGCGCCCCGGCCCGGCCUGUCCCGCUCCCCGCAUCACCCCGCCCGGCACCGCGGGCUCGGGCCCGCCGACCGCACCUCCGUCGCAGGCAGCGGCGGGGGGCACCGGGCGGGAUGGGACGGGGCGGCCCCGCAGUGUCUCGCCUGCCGGUUCCCACCCCCCCACCCCCCGCCAGGCAGGCCGCGGGCCUGCGAGCGGCGGCGGAGCCCAGGCCAACAAAAUGGAGUCGGCCAGGCCCUGCGCCCCGCCGGGGCACCCGGGCGGCGGCGGUCCCCGCGCCCCGCUCGGCCCCGCUCCCAGCCCCGGUGCCCAAGGGCGGUCAGCGGGACGCGGGGCGCGGGUCGGCGCCCGCCCCCGCCGGGCUCGGGUUACCCUCUGCCAUUGUCCGCCGCGCCCCGCGGGCCGGCCUGGCGCCCCCGCCGCGCUCCCCCGCCGCCCUCCCGCGCACCAGCGGGCCGGGCCGUCGCCCUCCGCGGGGCUGCCGUGCCGAGCCGUGCGAGCCGUGCCGAGCCUCGCCCGCCGGGGAGAGGCGCCGGGUGCCCGCGGCCUGGUUUGUCCUCGCCGGGCUCCGCCGCUCCCGGACAGCCGCGCUCCCGCCCGCCCUCCCGCCGCCGAGCGGCGCGCACCGGCCCCGCGCCCGCCCGCUCCGCCGGGACGGGCCGCCACCGCCGCCCCCCGCAACCGGCCCGGCCCACGGCCUCGCGGCGGGCGGUGGCUCCGUCGCUACCCUCCGAUGCGGGCCGGGGUCUCCGCCGGCAGCCGCGCGGGUCUGGGCGCCGCGCCGCGCCGCCGCCGCACCGGCACGGCUGGGCAGGCACGGGGCGGGGGGCAGCCGGGGCAGCGCGGGGAUGUGGCACCGGGGCGGUGCUGCCAGGGCCGCGCGGGGGGCAGGGCCGGGCUGCCGCCCCCCGGGGUGCCGCCGCGGGGCUCGGUGCGGCGCUGCCCGGGCGGACCCGCUCCCCCCUCUGCCCUUUGUUUCCCCCCCCCCCGCCUGUCCCCGGCCCGGCCGUGCGAGAGCCCCCGGGCGUGCUGGCGCCGCACUCCCCCCGCCGGGCUGGGCCCCCGAGCAGCCGCUCUGCACACCCAGACAGGCAGCGCCCACUGCCCAGCCCUCGCUGCCCCGUGGGCGCAGCUUUCCCCUGCUGA